GAAGUUGAAGUGAACAAGCCUAGAGGCAGAAGUCUACUCCGGCUGCGGUACACGGCAGACAUGGGAACUUUUUUACACCGUCUAAUGAUACUGCUCUUCAUUUUGUCCUCGGUACCAAACGUUUUAGGUUCCAACAUCUGCACAUCCCGAGGAGUCACCACUUGUCAACAGUGUUUGGCAGUUCAUCCCAGCUGUGCGUGGUGCUCUCAGGAGGAAUUUGGGAAAGGAGGGUCCGGUGCGUCUCGCUGUGACUUGAAAGAGAAUCUGCUGAAUGGAGGGUGCAGUAGUGCAGCUCUUGAAUCUCCCACCAGCAGCUUGACUAUUCAGGACGAUGCACCCCUCAGUGACAAGGCCUCAGGGACCACUGACACCGUGACUCAGAUAAAGCCUCAGAAGCUCCGUAUGGUGCUGAGACCAGGCGAUUCCAAGCGUUUCACUGUGUCAGUCAAACAGGUGGAGGAUUACCCAGUGGACCUCUACUAUCUGAUGGAUCUUUCAUAUUCAAUGAAAGAUGACUUGGCUCGCCUUCGCACCUUGGGCGAUAAGCUAGCCAAGGCCAUGGGCAAGACAACAAGCAACUUGCGCAUGGGUUUUGGAGCCUUUGUGGACAAGACCACGUCCCCUUACAUGUACACCUUUCCUCCAGAGGCAGUCACAAACCCUUGCUAUGGGAUUCAUCUGCAAUGCCAGGCUCAGUUUGGAUUCAAACACGUGCUGUCGCUGACGGAGAAGGUGGAACGCUUCACUGAGGAAGUGAAGAAACAGCAGGUGUCUAGAAAUAGAGAUGCUCCUGAGGGUGGAUUUGAUGCUGUCAUGCAAGCAGUUGUGUGCAAGGACAGGAUCGGCUGGCGUCCAGAUGCCUCGCACCUUCUGGUUUUUACCACUGAUGCCAAAACUCACAUCGCUCUGGAUGGACGUAUAGCUGGAAUUGUCCAGCCCAAUGAUGGACUUUGUCACCUUGAUAAUGAAAACGUUUACAACAAAUCUACUGUACUGGACUAUCCCUCCUUGGCGCUUAUGACUGAGAAAAUGUCUGAAAACAACAUCAAUUUAGUUUUUGCUGUGACCAGCUACGUAGUGCCGCUCUACAGGGAGUACAGUAAGCUCAUUCCAGGCACAACUGUGGGAACGCUGUCUGAUGAUUCUGGGAAUGUUAUUCAACUCAUUGAAGAGGCUUAUGCUAAAAUUCGCUCUAAAGUGGAGCUGGAGCAGAUUGGAGUCCCAGAAGAGAUACAGCUCUCCUACAAUGCCAGUUGCCUGAAUGGAGAGGUCAUCCCUGGACUUAGGUCUUGCUCUGGCCUCAAGAUCGGAGACACGGUCUCUUUUAGCGUGGAGGCAAAGUUGCGUGGCUGCCCCAAGGAGAAGAGCCACACAUUUACUAUCAAACCUCUAGGCUUCAAGGAUUCCCUGGAGGUCACAGUGGAGAUUGCUUGUAGUUGCAGCUGUGAGGAAAAGACCGAAGCCAACAGCCCCCACUGUAGCAACGGCAACGGGACCUACGAAUGUGGCGUGUGUCAGUGUCACCCGGGUCGCCUUGGCCCACACUGUGAGUGCUCAGUGGAGGACUACAGUCCCUCCGAUGAUGCCAACUGCAUCGAAAAGCCAGGGAGGCCUAUUUGCAGUGGGAGAGGAGACUGUUUGUGCGGACAGUGCUCCUGCCAUGCAAAUGAGUUUGGUCAGGUGUGGGGCAAAUACUGCCAGUGUGACGAUUUCAACUGCCUGCGCUUCAAAGGGGCUCUGUGCUCUGGUCAUGGGAAGUGUGAUUGUGGGCGCUGCCAGUGUGAUUCUGGCUGGGAAGGAGAAAACUGUAACUGCACCACACGCAAAGACACCUGCCAAUCAGCCUUCGGCAUAUGCAGCGGUCGGGGUAACUGUGAGUGCGGGGAGUGUCAGUGUACUCAGCCCGGUGCCUACGGAGCCACCUGUGAAAAAUGCCCCACCUGUCCCGAUUCCUGCGUUAUAAAAGAGGCGUGUGUCGAGUGUCAACACUUCAAGAGAGGACAGUACAUCAAGGAGAACAGCUGCAGUCGAAUCUGCAAAAAUGAAAUUGAAGUGGUGGAAGAACUAGGUCUCCAUAAAAAUGCACUGAACUGCUCCUACAAAGAUGAAAACGACUGUCUGGUGCACUUCCAGUAUUAUGAAGAUGAAAACGGCAAAUCCAUACUCUUUGUGUUAAAAGAACCAGACUGUCCUGAGGGUCCUGACAUCUUGGUGGUGCUCCUGGCGGUGACCGGAGCCAUUCUGCUACUGGGCCUGGUUGGACUGCUCAUCUGGAAACUGCUGGUCACCAUCCACGACCGCAGAGAGUUUGCCAGGUUUGAGGAGGAGAGAGCCAAAGCCAAAUGGGAUACGGCUAACAACCCCCUCUAUAAAGGAGCCACCUCUACCUUCACCAACGUCGCGUACCGAGGUACCUAAAGACUGAACACGAUGAGAAAAACUCAGGGGUCAAACGACAGAAAAGGAAUGUAGCAACAUGGAAAUGAGUGGGAAGAAGAUCCUUUACACUGU